UAGACUCUUGCCGAAGUUUAGGGACUUUAAAUAUAUAUUAAUGGAAUGGAUCCAUAACGAAUUACUGUGGGAAUAAAUAUCCCUGAAUGACAUAGCAUGGAGACUGGUCUUGAUAAAUCAAUCCGAUUUUGGGGGGGAAAUGUUAGGAUUAUUUUGUUCUUCACUCGUCGUCACUCGUAGUCUACUCCUGAUCGGUCACAUUGUACAGAGAAAUAUUCUUCUCUCUAUUUUUUGUUUUUCUUGGAAGAGAAACAUCAUAACAUUAAUCAAAUUAAGCUACAUUUCUGAAAAUCCAUCCCAUAUACAAUGUUCUUACAACAACAAAAAAUGUUUUCUCUAGUACAGUCAAUAUUUAAUAACAGUCAAAUGCUUCUCAAAGAUGCCCUCUGGUGGUCUAACUAGCAUUAAUGGCAACAAUGGCUGACACUUAAAUAACGCGCCGUAGAAUUCUGCGACAGCCAGCAAGCUGCGCUGCGGUACGACACAACUUUUAAAGGGAGAUCCACUGUGUUUAGCUAUGGCAGUAACACACUAUUCCAGACGAUGGACGAGGACCUGAAUGCGUCUCUGGCCCAGGCUGAUGCGUUAUCCAGAGAGUUUUCCUCUCUGUUGCAGGAGGUCUCCCCCAGCACACAGUCUGUUUCUCAGACUACAUCUGAUGCUGUGAUCCCCAGAGAAAUGCCCCAGCCCUCAACCUCAGAGAGACAGACAGGAGGAGGCUCCAGCUCUCUCCCCUACUCCCCCAUCUCUACCCUCCCUUACUCCCCCAGCUCCAGCUCUCUCCCCUACUCCUCCAGCUCUACCCUCCCCUACUCCUCUAGCUCUACCCUCCCCUACUCCCCCAGCUCCAGCUCUCUCCCCUACUCCCCCAGCUCCAGCUCUCUCCCCUACUCCCCCAUCUCCAGCUCUACCCUCCCCUACUCCUCUAGCACCAGCUCUCUCCCCUACUCCCCCAGCUCCAACCUGGAUUCCAUGUUCUCCAGCAGUAAGGUGAUGCCCUCCUCCUACGGUCAGCUGACCCCUCCCAACCAAUCGCCUCGUACCCAGCGUCGUGCGUCUCCUUCUCCGUCUCGCCGAAUGACCUAUGACCGCAGCCCGCGAGGCUCAAUCAGCUAUAUUGAUUCAAACCACUCCCCUCCUUCCCCUGCUCCUGGCUGCGAUCAAUCACAUCGGGGGAGGGUACAGCCCUCACACUCCAAUCUGCUAUCCCCGUAUGACUCUGCUACGAUGGGUCGGACAUCCCCACGACUGGGCCGAAGCCACUCCCCUUGCAAGUUCAACCAACCAGCAGCAUCCAGCACCCUGCCACGGAACUUUGUGCCUUUCAGCCAAUCUGAUGAAGUCAUGCAGAGACCGAAGAACCAAGGUAAAUGGAACGAGACCGAUCUGGACGCGGCAUCUCAUAAGAAGAAACCUCACCACUCCUACGACAAGACUGAGUGGCUGAGACCGUUGGUGCCAAACACCAACUGGAGAGAAUCUAACCUGGAUGGCCCUUCCCCUUCUAAGAAGGACACCCUCCCUCGUUCCCACCAGUCCACCCACUCAUCUCUGCCCCGUAACACCCGUAUCACUGUUCCUCCCGACUCGUCCUCCCUCUACCACGCCCCUCCCCAACCAAUCAUAUCCCGUAUCUCCAUCCCCCCCUGCUCCUCCUCCUCCCAGCCCCCCCGUCAGCACAGACCCAUCCCUCUCUCCGUCAUCAUGCGGCUCCAGAACCCCUACUGGGCGUCGUCUGCCCUCCACCCCCGGGCCCUGGGUACCGAGAGGGAUAUGGGUCUGUACCGCCACGCUGUACCCAGGGAGUAUAGGGAUUACCUGGAAUACAGAGAGUACCAGCCACAGACCCAGCCACAGACACAGCCACAGACCCAGCCACAGACCCAUGAGCUCAGGCAGCCAGCCUUCCACGGGGAAGUGCUGAAACCAGGUGAUGUUGACAUUGAGUUGGAGCGACUGGACCCAAUUCAUCAAAGUCCCAUGGCCCCUGACCCAGCUCUCCCAGAGAAGGGGAGGGAGCCAGAGAGAGGAGGAGGAGGAGAACCCCAGGCGGUGGCCCCCAGGCCCCUCAGCCCAUCCAGGCUGCAACCAGUGGUGGCUGCAGAGAGCCCAGAUGUCCCUGACAUGGAAGAGCUGCUUCGGAUCCGCUCUGAGAUCCCCCGGGCCCUGAAGAGACGUGGCUCUGUGACCCCUAUCUCCAAUCUUGACCCAAACCCUGAACCGGGGUCACAAGCCCCUGUCCAACCCCAGAAGAAGCCAGCCUCUCUGCAGCCGGACCACAAUCACAAACAGUACAAACAGAUCAUGAAUAAACUUUUCCGGAGGAAGGGGUUGACGGGCCAGCAAGGGGGGGAGAUGGGGAGCGACUACAGCUCCUCCUCGGAUGGAGAAGGGGACAGCUCUACAUCCCUCUCCCCUGUCACUAACCCUGUCCCUAACACUGGACCUGCCUUGCCAGAGUACAGGGGGUACAAUUCCAUCCUGCGUCGGGCCAGUCGGGAACGAGGGGAUUCUGGUCAGAGGGCUCGGCUCAGCCCUCUGGUUCUACUGCUGGACGGGUCACUGGUGGGGGAACUGGACACUGUUCAGAGGGCCGUGCAGGAGAUGAAUGACCCGAGCCAGCCGAACGACGAGGGCAUCACAGCCCUCCAUAACGCCAUCUGUGGAGGUCACUACAGCGUGGUGGACUUCCUGGUUCGUAUAGGAGCCAACGUCUCCGCCCCAGACAGCCACGGAUGGACCCCCCUCCACUGUGCAGCAUCCUGUAACGACCUUCCUCUCUGUCAGUUCCUGGUGAGGAACGGAGCAGCCGUCAUGGCGGUGACCGAGAGCGAUGGCGCCACAGCGUCUCAGAAGUGCGACCCGUACGCUAUGGGCUUCGAGGAGUGCGAGAGCUUCCUCAGGGGUGUGGAGGAGGCGAUGGGUGUGGAGAACAGUGGGGUACUGUAUGCCCUGUGGGAGUACCCUGCCCAGGAGGCAGACGAGCUGGGCUUCAGAGAGGGGGACAUGGUGACGAUCCUCCAGAAGCCUGACGGGGUAGAUUGGUGGUGGGCAUCACUUUGUGGCCGAGAGGGAUUCAUACCUAACAACUACUUUGGGCUGUUCCCUAAAGUUCGAGCUAAGUCCCUCUGCUAGACUCCUCUACCCAAUCAGCCCUCGCCCCACUGAAUGGCUGGAACGGGAACUGGAGCAGAAAACUGUUGUUGAAAACCUGGGAGGAGAAACCACAUUACGCAGUAUAACCUUUGUUCCUUUGUCCUGCCUGAUUUCACUAAGAAGUGAACUAGAAUAACAGGACAUGAGUCACUACAGUGAGACAUAGGACAGGUACUAGACAGGUACUAGACAGGUACUAGACAGGAGUGUCAGUGAUGAUAUUGCUGCAUGAAACUUCGUCAAUGACCUCAAUGUGUCACUAUCAUUUAUGUGUCUGAUUUUAUUGGUAUAUAACAUCUCUCUCUGUCUCUGUCUCUCUGUCUCUGUCUCUCCCGCUGUCUCUCUCUCUGUCUCUCUCUCUCUCUUUGUCUCGCUCUGUCUCUCUCUCUGUCUCUGUCUCUCUCUCUCUGUCUCUCUCUCUCUCUCUCUCUCUCUCUCUCUCUCUCUGUCUCUCUCUCUGUCUCUCUCUGUCUCUCUCUGUCUCUGUCUGUCUCUGUCUCUCUCUCUCUCUGUCUCUCUCUCUCUGUGUCUCUCUCUGUCUCUCUCUCUCUGUGUCUCUCUCUCUGUGUCUGUGUCUCUCUCUCUGUGUCUCUCUCUCUGUGUCUCUGUCUCUCUCUGUCUCUCUGUCUCUCUCUCUCUCUGUCUCUCUCUCUCUGUCUCUCUCUCUCUGUCUCUCUCUCUCUCUCUCUCUGUCUCUCUCUCUCUGUCUCUCUCUCUGUCUCUCCCUGUCUCUGUCUCUCUCUGUGUCUGUGUCUCUCUCUCUGUGUCUCUCUCUGUGUCUGUGUCUCUCUCUCUGUGUCUGUGUCUCUCUCUCUGUGUCUCUGUCUCUCUCUCUCUGUCUCUCUCUCUCUGUCUCUCUCUCUCUGUCUCUCUCUCUCUCUCUGUCUCUCUCUGUCUGUCUCUCUCGUUUUCUGCAAAUGCUUCCUAAAGUAUAUGUCAUCACAAGGCUACUAAUGUUGUUAUUGUUGUGUAAAGUGUUUAAUUCCGUCAACAAUAUCUAUGACAACAAUAUCUAUGACAACAAUAUCUAUGACUAAAACUCGAGGACCUUU